AUGUCGGUCGUGGCAGACCAGGUGCGGCGCCUGGAUGCGCAGCUGGAUCGCAUUCCUUUUACCCACCUCGCAGCUCACCAUGACGAUGAAUUUGCAGCCCAGGCUUCUGCACAACUUGAUUCACCCAGAGUCAAGGAACUGCUGCGUGUGAUCAAGUCCCUCUCAACCACCUCUACUGCCCAUCCUGUACUGCCAGCAUGGAGACUGCAGACUCUCUUAUCCCAGUCCGACCUCGGGACUGUGACCAGCGAUGAAGACCAUCCAGUUGGCCAGUACGAAGCCGAACUCGAGUGGCUCUUGGUGAGCAAAGCCACUGUGCAAACAUAUGGAAUCAUCAUGGAUACCCUAUUGGACCAGAUUAUUCCUCUGAAUGAUCACAUCUGGUAUUGGGACGACAUCCUGUCAUCGCAUUCGUUUGGGACUCUCUACCUGGUACAGACGUCACCAUGGCGCUUUUGGGCAUGGACUCAGGAGAUUUACCAAGACAGCAUCGACCGCCUUCGCAAUCGUCGGUCCAUCGGCUCUAACGAAUUCUCGGAACAAAACCUUGGCGAGGAGAUUGGCUCUUCUAUUUCACAGCGCUGGCGACAGUUCUAUGGAAUUGUACGUGACAGCAUUCGGGAGCGAUCUCUAGUGAAUAUUCAAAAUCGAUUCAUGUCUCCGGCGGCCGUAGCCCGAACAGAGGCACGGAGAAAGCAAGCCAAACUGAAGAAACUCAGGGAAAUGACAUCGAGCGGACUGGGUGUACUCAUCGAUGAAGGCCUCGCCUUUGGAGGCAAUGGCAGCGAUGACGGGAAGAGCGAUAUCAUCAUGUCCAAUAACCAAGAAUGGAAGGGCGUCGUUGAGCGUAGCGUCGCGCUCAUGGACAUGGUUCUUAAAGAUGUGCUGACAUUGGAAACUGGUGUUGCCGAGUUUGAAGAUAAGGUCUUUGCCGGCGUUGAAGAAGACCCGGAACUUUCCAUUCAGGUGGAAGAGGACGAGGGCAACCGACCUGCCGUAGUUGCCAAGCGGUUGCAGACCCUUCUCGAGAAGAAGCUGCCUGGUCAUCUAGAUGCUGCCUCCAAGAUCGUAGCUGAGCAUGGCCGGCCAUCGAGACUUGUACGAUACUGGUUGCCGGCAACAGCGAUAUUGCUGUCAUCUACAACCAUUCUGCGCGUCUUCUUCAACCACGAGCAGGAAAUUCUUGCAUGGAUUGCCGAUUUUGGUGUCACGGUCAAAGACUUUUGGUUCAAUUGGGUUGUCGAGCCUACCCGCAAAGUCGUUGGCACGAUACGGCACGACUCCAACAGUGAAAUUGCCAUCAUGAGCAGGGACAGUCUGCAGGCGGACCGGGAUAGUCUCGAACGCAUGGUUGUGGAGUUUGCCAGCGAUAAGCCGUCUGCCGCCAUUGGAACAUCAUCUAUAUCAGAAUCGCAACUUUCAGACAUCCGAGCCAAGGUGCGAGAAGGUGAUGUGACACCAGUUCUCCGAGCAUACGAAAAGGAUCUUCGUUCGCCCUUUGUAGGCGCUCUCCGCGGUGAUCUUGUGCGAACCCUGCUCAUCCAAGUCCAAAAGACCAAGGUCGAUGUGGAAGUAGCAAUGGCUGGUAUUGACGCCCUUUUGAAGAGCCAGGAGCUUGUCUUUGGAUUUAUUGGAUUAACCCCGGGUAUCUUGGUCUCUAUUGGACUGGUUCAAUAUCUGCGAACAGUAUUUGGCGGCAAGCGAAGCUACCGACAGGAAGGUCAUGCAGGAAAGGCUGUGCGUGUACUUCGCAACAUUGACCGCAUUUUCUCCGAGGCAACGCCGUCUCCCAAUAACCUCUUGUCAUACAAGGACCAUGGUCUCCUUGUAUGCGAAGUUCAUGUGCUCCGCCGGCUUGCACACUCCCUGCUUCCUGCUGAUAUCGAGAGGGAAUUCCUAGAGGAUCUCGACGACCUAGCGAAUCUCAAAGGCAUUCAAUCGCAGGUUCGAGCAUUGGAUCGCAUCCGAUGGGCAUAUGCCAAGUGGCUCAAGUAA